GCCUGUAACAGUCAUCCGUAAGUACUAAACAAGGAACUGGGGAACAGGAAAUCGGGAAUUUGGGAAGCGUGGAAUCUCUAAAAGGGGAAAUCUCUAUGAUCCAAAUUUUAAAUAUACCAAAAACACUGCUGCUCCUUAUCGUUUUGUUUAUAAUCAAAUCCAAGCACCCUGUUUUCAUGUUAUUGAUAAAUCGACAAAUCUUGGAUAAAAGUUGCUCUGGUUUGGUCACUCCAACAACGUCCAACUCCAACGCUCCCCAAGAAGUCGUCCAGCAAUGUAGGGACUCGUUGGACGAAAUACUUCACUGAUAUGGUUCCGCCGGGGCUUUACGGCGGUUGACUGUUAUAAUCCCAGCAGUAAAAGCCCGUGGAUUGUAUUGUAUUGUAGAUUAUUUAACGUUAGUUUUUACAAUAGUGAAUAUGCACUAAUUAAGACUAACAUGAAGCAAUUUCAAGAAUUGUAUAAGACAGUUCAUUUACUGCAAAACGUGCACGAGCACUUGUUUUCAAGGAACCAAGUUUUGAUCAAAUUCUUAAAUUGUCUAGUAUUUUGUGCUGUCUUAAUUGAUUCCGGGAGUGAAUUCAAGAUUUUAGGCCCUUGAAAACUUAAUGAUCUGAUACCAUUAUUGGUAGUUCUGGCUUUUGAAAUGUCAAGGGGGUUUUUAAGUCGAAGGUUAUGACCUGAUGUUUUGGGUACAAAAUUGUCUUUCGUGAAAACAGAAUUAAGGUUGUUAAGUGUUUUAUAAACUUCGAGCGCUAAAUUUCUAACUGAUUGGACAUGUAUGGUAGUUUCUUUUGAGUUAGCAAGUAAAUCUUUGUACGAAGAUGAAUAGUCCGAAUAGGCUAGUCUUAAAGCCCUCUCGUAAAUUUUCUCUAGCUUAUCCUGACUUCCUUUACCACAUAGUAUCCAUAUUAAUGGACAAUAAUUGAAGUGACAUAGUAUAAAUGAAUUCAUAAUCAUCUUUGUUUCUCUAUCACCCAUAAAUCUUGUCAAUCUUUUCAAAGAAUUUAACUGUUUAGCUGCUUUUUUACAGAUCUUAUCGAUAUGAGCAUUAAACUUUAAAUUUUCAUCGAUUGAACACCAAGCAAAGUAACGUUUUUCUCUAUUUUAAUUGCAAAUUUUUGGUCAAUUUUAAACUCAUUUAUGCAUUCAUCUUUGCUGCCGAUUGUGAUAACUUGAAAUUUAGAGGGAUUUGCAAUCAUUACAUUAGAUUUAAACCAAUCAAGGCAUUUUUGGUGUUAAUUUUUGCAAGUUGCAAUAGUUCAUUAGUAUUUGUUGCAGUGACAGAUAUCGUGUUGUCAUCAGCAAAAUUACAUAAAGACCCUGCAGUAAGGCCGUAAAAAGUAUCAUUUAGGAAAAUAUUGAAAAGUGGAGGUCCAAGUAUUGAUCCCUGUGGCGCUCCUUGUCCAAGUUCACCCCAGGAGCUGUAAUGACCUUUCACUUUGACUCUUUGCUUUCUAUUAGACAGGUAGUUUUGUAUAAGUAAAAGAGAAUCUCUAUCUAUACCAUUGCCAUGUAGGUUAUCUAUACCAUUGCUAAAAGUAGGUUUUUUGGUAGACAGUAAAAGGCUUUUGACAAAUCCAUAAGGACAGCGCCAAUAUGUUUGUUCCUUUCCAGUUCUGUUUUCCAGUUUUCAAUAAGUCUAAAAAAAGCGUGCUGGGAAGAAAACUGUUUUCUAUAUGCGCAUAGGAAUUUCGAAAAUUUUUCUUCGAGAAAUGGAGAAAGUUGAAGUUCUAUUGCUUUGCGAGUGUCGUUAGUAUAAUUUUUCUUAGUGAAAAAAUCUUUUUUCUUAUAGACAGGUGAGACUAUAGCCUUUUUUAAGAAGUUUGGAGAAGUUCUUGAAUAAUGCAUUUAUUUAUGAUGUUCUACGAAAAGACUCACCGUAAAGCUCUACUAAGCCCCGGAGGGCUUAUUUAUUUUUUAAGUUCUAGAAUGGGGGCUUAUUGGAGAGGGGGCCUCCUAAGCACCGAUGUCUCUUACGCUUUCGCUACAUCUUAUCGGGAACGUGUCAUUUUCAAAAAGGAGCCUGAGUUAUGGGUUUUCUUUUGCAAUAGAACCCGCCAAAAAGCAAAGCGGACAAAUGCAGGAGAAGGCGGGUGCGAAGCUGACUGUGAAAACACGCUUGUACAAGGAUCCUUUUCGCUGUAAGUACUUAGGGGUCCUUGGUCUUAAGGUCCGGUAUUUACGGUAUGCCACAACAAAGGGAUUUCUCGGCAUGCCGAUGCCAAGUGAGGAACCUGGCUGGAAAAAUCAAACCCUCAGACUAGAGGAAAGCCAUUACUCUUUCACAGCCGACAGCCUAGUUCAAUUGUUGGAGCGAUGUAUGUCAAAAUUCUAUGAUCUUGUUAUUUGUUCUUUGAUAAUUAUCAUUUUUGGCAGUAAAUAUCUUUUAUUGGGGAUCAUCUUGAUAUUCAUUACUUAAGAGUCAUUGGGUAAUAGGGGUCCUCGGGCCAUACGUUCUGGGUUUUUUUAGGAAGCCGCCAUGGUCAGUUAGCGACACAUAAUCCACUUUAGUGCAAUCGGUAUGCAGUGAGCAGUGCAGUUAGGAGGGGCUACACUUGAAGCGUGAGUUGAAAACUUGAAGGGCGCCGUAGAGUAAACGAAGGAUAUCAUUUGAAAUUUGACACAACUCUUCCAUUUCUACAUUACAAACAUCGAGCACAAUGUUGUGAAGGAAAUUUGAUUUUGUGAGAAUUAUAACAAUGGCUGAUAAAGAGAAGUUUAAAGAGAACACGAUGGAGAUUGAUUCGGUGCAAGAUGCGAUGAAAGUCAAUUCAAUUGAUGAGAUCCUACCAUACGUAGGAGAAUUUGGCAGAUAUCAAAUUAUGUUGGUUUCAAUGCUUUCCAUAAUAAUUCUCUGUUGUGGCUUUCCAAUCCUUAUAAUGUACUUUGCUGGGCAGAAUCCUGCAUGGAAGUGUGUCUAUAACAGUACAGUUUGUAACCUGAACGGUACAUUUGCAAGUGGAGAUGAUAACUAUGAAUUCAGAUGUUCAAUUCCAAGAAAAGACUGGCAAUUCACCCAGCCAAAGGACUACUCAAUUGUUACACAGUUUGACAUCUACUGCGAUACAGAAUACAUGAUUUAUCUAAGCACGUCGCUCUUGUUUAUUGGCUGGGGGAUCGGGUCUUUUAUCUUUGGUUGGUUCGCAGACAAGUAUGGUCGCUCAAAGUCGCUGAAGGUCUCUGUAACUGGCAUCCUGCUGGUUGGCUUUUUAAGUGCUUUUGCACCAAACUAUGCAGUGUUUGCAGUCUGUCGCUUUGUUAUAGGGGUUUUUAAGCCUGGAACAAUUAUUGCAGCAUACAUUGUCUCUCUCGAGCUUGUUGGCCCACGUUAUCGACCGUUGAUUGGCACUUUAUUAUGGUUGCUAUUUUCCGGUUCACUCAUUUUAACUGGCAUCAAGGCGUAUUUCAUAAGGAAAUGGAAAAUACUGAUAAUUGCCUGCUCAGCUCCAUACAUGCUUGUAUUCGUGUUUUUCUUUUUCAUACCAGAAUCGAUGCGUUGGCUUCGCUUCCAGGGACGCCACAAAGAAGUGAUUGAUAUUCUAAAGAAGGCAGCAAAAAUAAACAAAAAGACUCUCCCAGCCGAACUAGAGCUUGAGCCACUACCAAAGGCAGAUGUUGAUGAGAAAAAGCACGGAAUCCUUGAUUUAUUUAGGCCCCUGAAGAUGUUUCAUUUUUCUGCUGUUCAAGGUGUCGCAUGGUGUGCCAAUGCAGCCGUUUACUACGGUGUCUCAUUGGGAGUUAGUGAUCUUAGUGGUGAAAUGUACCGGGAUUUUAUCUUGGCAAUGUUGAUUGAAAUUCCUGCUUUGCUACUAUCAGUUUUAUGCAUGAACAGAAUUGGAAGGAAGAAAUCUGUGGUCGUUUCUUUAACACUUGCAGGAAUAUUCUGUUGUAUUGUUGGAGGAAUGAUGAGUGCAGAUAACAAACAAAAAAAGUGGAAAGCUCUUACAGUAACAGCAGGCUUGCUAGGGAAGUUCUGGAUCACGUGGUCCUUUAACUCCAUAUACGUCUGGUCUUUGGAAUUGUACCCAACGUCCAUCAGGGGUGAAGGAAUGGGCUUCUUACAAAUAACAGCUCGUGUUGGUUCGGCACUGGCUCCCUGGAUUGCAAAAUGGUUGAGAGUCUUCCACGUCAUGUUACCGUUUUCCCUGAUGGGUGCACUGUCUCUUUUAAGCUCCGUUCUGCUUCUUGUUUUGGCCGAAACCAAGGAUCGCGAGACAUUGGAAACCGUCAACCAGCUAUUUAAGUUGGAUUCAGAAAAUAACAAAGAUAUCUUGGUCUUGAAGGAAUCUGCUACCACGGAUACAUGAGGACGACUCAACAUUUCCUUUUGUAUUUGCCAACGUUUACGGUGUUCAAAAUAAAGUUUGAAAAGUUGCUUGUUACACUCAUUUAUUUUAUAAGAAACUGGCUAUAAGAAAUGAGUACUGGUCAGUCAGCAAAAGUUUCGUUCAAAAAGAUUCUAGAACUGUCACCAAAUAGAAUAGCGAAGGAUCAAGCGUACACUCACACACGAAAACACCACUUCACUCAUCUAUUUCAGCUAGUAAAGCAAGUAUUACUGAAGUAUUGAAGCAAAUGCAGUUGGCAGAUAAAUAUCUUAUUUAUCUUUCUAAUACACUCAUUUUUUAUAAGAAAAUAGUUUUGAGAAACAAGUACCGAACAGUCAGAAAAAAUUAAGAAACUUCAGUACUCGAAGCAAAAAAAUAAGAAACUAUUAAAUCGUGAUAAAACUGAGAAAAUUUUGAAAAAUCCAAGAACAUGAUUUUCCUGUUGGCGUAGAACUUAGGACACAGGGGAUAAAAAUACACUUCCCAUAUCUAAAUACAACAUCAGAACGGAAGCGAAUUUCGACGUGAUAAAAAAGGUCACUAACAUCUCAUAACAUUAUUCAUGACAUCAUAACUGUUUCUUAUAAAAAAAUUAGUGUACGACUUCUUUUGUAGUUACUAAUCUUGUUGUGUUCUUAUGCAGAGGUUGCUGUUGAGAGAUAUUAACAAUCUUUGUUGUAAAAGUUUCUAUUCUCUAGUUCCUAGUAGUUAUCCUAAAUUUCCUAGCAACUGCAAAUGGCAAGUUCCAGUAAUUCUUAUUCAGCUGUUUGGUGGAUAAAAAAACAAGAAACUUUGCUUUCUAGAUGCGCCAUUCUUGUUUAAACUUUUGCAGCAUGAGUUUUUAAAUAAUGUAAUUUUCAUGUUUAUAGACUAUUCUAAAUGCAAUUACAUUAUCAAACUGUUAGUGCAAGUUAUCGUAAUGCUUGGGAUUUUAUGAUUUUGAAAUUUUACUAAUGCUAACAUUUUGCUGUAUUUUACCUUGAUAUUGUUUUAAUCUUGGAUCGAAGAAAGGUUCUGAUAGAA